AUGGAAUGGUCCUUUUUUCGAUAUAUUUGUUUGUAUUAGUUCAGGCUUUCAGGCUGUUACACAGUGCUUAUAGCACGGGGGAAGCUCUUCUUCAGCCUGCCUCGGUUUCUGGGUGAAAAUAGCUCUGUGUCCCCCGCAAUGCGAUUCUUUUCGUAAUCCGUCAGACUGGUGAUGGGGUGCAUUGUGGAUUUAUGGGGGGAAAUUAGCAUAAAUUAUGAGCAAAUCUGCGUGUGUGUGGUCCCAGGCAUUGCAAACCCUCCAAGCGGAAAGGUGGCCCUGGCCAAAAGCUUGAAUAGCAAUAGCUCAAAAUAGGCUUCCCAUUUGGUUUUCACAUUCAUAUAAUUGACUUAUGGAUAUUUUAUACAGUUUUCACCACACCAUCCUCAAGGGUUUAUUUGCAUUUCUGAAGUACUUUUGGAUCUUCUUUACAUAAACACAAUAGACCUGAUUGCCUCAUGAAGUUUCAGUUUGAACAGCGUUGUUUGCAUUGUGUUGAUGUUUUCAUAUCGUCUACUUCCUCUGCGCAGCUCUGGGCCAAAUUAGCUGAGAAAAACUAAUAGUAGGCUCAUCAACAAACUUGCUCAUGGCAAAUUAUUUUGUAUGGCACUUCGUAAACAAUAUCAGGCUGUAAUUAGAGGGGAGCGAUAUGCAUUUGAAUAACAUUUUAUCUGUUAGAUUAUUGUUCACUCAAAUCCACAUCAUAAAAACGGUAAACACUUGAAAACUGCACUCAUUGCAUACACCACUGCACAAACAGUGUUUUUAAUAAAUCAAUCCUUAUAUCAAAUAUAAUACACCUGCCUUAACAACUCCACAAAUAGUUAAAAGCACAUUUUAUCACAUACUAUAAUUAAAUUACAAUAUGCCGACUUUUUUUUUCGUUUCCGUUAAAAUAUAUAUUUGUAUUGUUAUUAGCUAUACUGUUAAGUCCGCUGAAAAAGUAUUAGCGCAUACCUUCACACACUGAGUGCCAUCGCAGUUCAAUUCCGGUUGCCGAGCCUUUUCACCCCUUUUUCUGUCUUCAAAUGGAAAUGAUUUCCAUUGGCCCAAGGUGUCCAUGUAAAUAGGUGUAAAUGAAACCAGAUUAUGCCUUCCUCCCAGCCCCCUCCUCCCAUGGCAAUUGUCAUGUGAUAGCAAAGAGGUGGCACAUUAAUGGAGCGCCUCUACAGGGGUCUUUUCUGCUCAUGUCACUACAUAAAACUAUCAGAUGGUUAGAGGAAGGCCAUGGAGGCAUCCACUUAGCUCGUCUUAUCAAGGACGCCAGAUGAAGUCUAUUCAGCUCUGCUAGCGGGACAAGCUGACUUACUUUGCAAGCAAGACUUACAGCAGCCUUCCCUCCAUAAAUGUGCAACGUCCGCCCGCCUGCAAACUGCAGAGGCGCUCAACCUGCCUGUUUUACGCACAACGCAACUCCAGCCUGAGCGGCAUUGCAACUUUUCUCCGUGGUUGUUUUCAUGAAGAGCGGGAAGCUUUCGUCAAGGAACUAAGGGAGACUACUUUUUUUAAUUGCUUUUUUUGAAAAUAUCGAGGAUGCCUCGCCCUGGAAGAAACACGUACAGCGACCAGAAGCCACCUUACUCCUACAUCUCCCUCACAGCCAUGGCCAUCCAGAGCUGCCCGGAGAAAAUGCUGCCUCUCAGUGAAAUUUACAAGUUCAUCAUGGAUCGAUUCCCUUAUUAUAGGGAAAACACUCAGCGGUGGCAAAACUCUCUGCGACACAACCUGUCCUUCAACGAUUGUUUCAUUAAAAUCCCCCGGCGCCCGGAUCAGCCAGGCAAGGGCAGUUUCUGGGCUCUGCAUCCCAGCUGCGGGGACAUGUUUGAGAAUGGAAGUUUCUUGAGACGCCGCAAAAGGUUCAAACUGUUGAUGUCCGCCGAACACUUGGCCCAGAGUAAGCAGUCGGAUGCUGCCCAUUACCUCCAGCAGCAAGCCAAGCUGAGGCUGAGCGCCCUGGCAGCCUCUGGCACACACCUGCCCCAGAUGUCAUCUUACAACCUCGGAGUGUCUCAGUCCUCAACUUUUAAGCAUCCAUUCGCCAUCGAGAAUAUCAUCGCCAGAGAGUACAAGGUCCCGGGAAGCCUGGCGUUCUCCACCAUGCAGUCCAUGUCUGCCGGGUACCCGCUGCACAACCAGCUGACGACAGCCUGGCCCCACAUGUACAACACCAGCAUGAUUGACACGGUGGCACCGAUCUCCAUGGCGAGCGGCGACUAUAGUGCCUAUGGCAUGCCCCUCAAGUCCCUGUGUCACGGCGGACAGAUUCCUUUGCCCAUCAAGCCCACCCCGACCUCCAUGGCCGGCUUCUCGGCGUUACCUCCACACAUCCCCGCGUUUCUAUCAAACUCUCCGCAAUCUCUGAGCCCCACGUCCCCUCAGACAGCGACGAGCCAAAGCAGCCCUGCGACCCCGAGCGAGACGCUGACGAACCCCUCCACACUGCAGUCUGUGGCGGUGCACUGACCAGCGGGACUCUCCCAGUAGAACCAGCUGCUGGCCGGCUCGCAGGCCGCUUUACCAAUCCCAAAGUUUAUAUUUUCUGUCGUCGGAAACUAUCAAGGCGAGUUGCAGUUGCAUCUCGAAUUAUUUGUGUAUGUGUUGAAUGUGUCGCUUUAAAUUGUGUCAUAGAAGUCCAGCACAGGAUCGCACAGCGAAGUAUUGCUCUUGAAAAUAUAAAUUAUUUGAUAGUUCUAUUUUUCAGUUUAUUGUGAAAUGUGAGUGUUGAAAGUGGAGUUGUUUUGGCACCAUCAACUCUCAUUUUAAGUGCUUGCAAUUCCCGUGGCAGUUUUUCAGUUUUAUCAAAUAGCAACACUUUUGCACCGUUUCUGUGUGACCACUGUAAUGUCAAUGAAAUUGCGAGGCAAUGCCUGGGUUUUUUUUGUUUGCUUUUUAAUACUGGAAUGAUGGAUAAGGGUAUACCAAAUAGGAAUAGGAUUUAGAUUUGUUCUUACCAUCACUGUACAUAAAAGAAAACAAAAUGAGUUAUCAAAUCUUUUCAAAAUGGAAAAGUAGUAUGAGACUUCCUCAGAAUGCAAGAUGUGAAUAUUGCAAAUAACUGAUACUGAAAUGUUGUAAAAUGCACUUUUUAGUUUUAUGUUUUAGAUAUCUAUUUUCCAGAAAAUGUUCUGUGAAGAAUUUAAUUUAAAAGGCUGUGGUGACCAUGUGUAUCAGAUGCUGUACAUUUGUACUUUUGUUUUUUUUAGGUAAAGCAUGCAUUCUAAAAAAUUGUGUUGGUACUGUUGUUGUAAAUGUUGUUGUUUGUUUUUUGUUUGUUUAUUUUUUGCAAGCAUGCGUGCUUUCGAAAAGUGUGCAAAUCUGCAAUGAAUUGGAAAAAAAUGGUCAUCGAAAUAUUUUCUCAUUAAAAGUGAAGUAAACAAUCAAACGUGUUUCUGGAGGUUUAAUGUAAGACACUGCCACAUAUUAUUAUUAUUUGUAUUAUUACUAUUUAUAGGUCUUUUAUAUAAACAGGUGCUAUUCAAUUGGCAAUAUUUUUUUUAACUCUUAAAACUUUUGAAUUGUUAAAUCUUAAUUAAAUGACAAUAUUAAGUAAAGCAAAAAGAAUGCUUACUUGUAAAAAUUAGAUUUUAAUUGGUCCUGUUUUCAGACCUGUAUGAAUUGAGAGUGUGAGAGUGGCUCAGCAGCAGUGGGAGAGAAAUGAAUCGUGCAGUCGAUUAGGAUGCAUGGAGUUGCGAUGCCAUGGUCACAGCGCAGACAACUGGCCUCAUUCAUCACUCUGUAGGCUAAACACAAUUAAGCCCAAUAAUAAAUAAACAUUUUAAAACAUGCAAACAAUGUCCGAAUUUAUCUUGCUGCAGAUUUUUGAAAAUACGAAAAAUAAAUACGUGUCAUGUUUUUCCGACUACAAAAAUCGUGGGAAUUUUAUUCAACAGGUUAAAAAAACAGACGAAAAAAAAAAAAUGUAAACACAUUUUAUAAUAUAUUUUACAUUCCUUUAUUCGAUUUGUUUGCAGGAUUAAAAAAAAUAACGCGCUUUAUUUGCCUCCCCCUAUAGAAAGCAACAGCCUAUUUCGGGGUAUUAAACAAAUACAUUAGAAUUCCGUCACUUUAUGCAAUUGAGUAGAUCAAAUAAAGGGUCUCGGCCACUUCAUUCUCCCUCAUUCACUUGAAUUGAAAGUGCAAAGAAUAGCAAACUUAGACUGGGCCACCAAUGUAGAUUUAGCCUUUUUUCAGCAAGACAAAAAGACUGAUUUUUUCACAAACACAUUGCUGACUGGGGAA